CGUGGAGUAAGUUUAGUUAUUGAGAAGCAGCUCCGUUUAACGAAUUGAUAAACUAAUUAUAAAAUGUCUCGCGAGAAAAGUACGAAUACCGUAAAGUGUAACUGAGAGCUGUCUACAACAGUGAAGUUUAAAGAAUUAUAAAUAUUGAUUGGUUGACUUUUGGGCUUCAAAACUAAAAAUGGGCUUAAAUAGGUAUGAUAUAAGAAUAGCAGAGAAUAAUACUGAUCAUAUACAUAUAAGGGAAGCAGUUAUUCAAAAUGGAGCAACUUUGAGCGGCAUAAACAGGCAUAAGUGCAUCUCGUGCAUAUUCGAUUUGAAAAGAGUUUGAAAUAUCUCGAUAUAUAUAUUUCACAAAAUACGCAACGUGGGAAAUUUAGUUUCAAAGUGAUGUUUGUCAAUCUUUAACACUUGCCAAAAUGGGUAAAACAAGAAGAAAUACUCGAAGCAUGAGAGAGAGUAGCAAUGACAUGUUUUUAUCACAAGAUCAACCUGGCCCAAGUAGUCAGAUUGAUGUCUUAUCACAACGAAGCAGUAGAAAUACAUCCCUCCGAGAAUCACAGAUGAUGGGCUCGCAAGACUUGGAUACACAAGAGAAAAUGCAAUUAGUUAGCAGUGUAAUAAGAUAUUUGUUUGCGGCAGAUAAGAAUAAACAGCCUAUACAAAAGGCACACAUCGUUAAAAAUGUACUGAACGGAAGUAACAAAUUGUUCCAUACAAUUAUGGAGAAAGUGAACAGGGAAUUGUUUGAGGUAUUCGGAUUUGAACUGGUAGAAAUCGAAAAUAAUAGAUACAUAUUGGCGAAUAAGAUGGAAAACAAUCUUCCACAUCUCAUUUUCCAAAAUAGCAAUAAGCAGGUGCUAUUGUAUCUUGUGCUUGUUCACAUUUUUAUGCAUGGCGAAGCAUGCCAAGAAGAUAUGUUAUGGAAUUUUCUGCGCAGUCUCGGUAUCAUAACUAACAACAGUUUCCAAAAUGAAUACUUUGGUGAUGUGAAACAAUUGGUGACAGUAGAUUUUGUAAAUGAGAGAUAUCUUGAAAAAAAAUCAGUAGAUAAGAAUGAUCAAUCACGAUUGGAGUAUAUAUGGGGAGCCCGAGCAGAAAAUGAGUUGACUUAUCGCUCCGUCUUGCAGUUUGUGGCAGAUAUAUAUGGCGUUUCUCCGAAUAAUUGGAAAUUACAAUAUAAAGUUAUGAGUGAACAAGAACGAAACAAAAAAUAAAUAUUAUAAUUGAAAAAAUGAUAAAAAUAUUAAUUA